GUAAAAUGGCAGAUUCUUCAAAAGUAAAGUUUCUUUAGCUUCUUCUCCCUUCAUUUUCUGCCUGAGAGUUGGGAGAUUUGCCUCAAAUAUUUGAUAGAGAUCGGCUCAAAUCUGUGCCACAGAGAGAGAAAAAGGAAGUGAAGAUGGCCAAGUUAGGCGGCAUUCUAUUGAUCAUCUCCCUAGCUGCAGCAAUGCCAUGGGCUCAAAGCUUCCGCGUGCAGAGCUGGGCAGCAAGGGUCGAGGCCAAACAAGAGAUGGUGACCAAUCUUCAGUUCUACUUCCAUGACACAAUCAGUGGUAAGAACCCAAGUGCCAUAAAGGUGGCUCAAGCCCCUGACACUGAAAAAUCUCCUACUCUUUUUGGAGCCAUGCUAAUGGCAGAUGAUCCACUGACCGAGUCGCCUGAUCCCAACUCCAAGCUGCUCGGCCGGGCCCAAGGGCUUUACGGGUCAGCUGGGCAGACAGAGGUGGGCCUAAUCAUGGCCAUGAGCUUUUGCUUCACAGACGGAAAAUACAAUGGUAGCUCUAUAAGCAUUCUCGGCAAAAAUUCUGCUUUGACUCCUUUUCGUGAGAUGCCCGUUGUCGGUGGAACCGGCAUUUUCCGGCUGGCACGUGGAUACGCAAUCGCAAAAACUCAUUGGAUGGAUAUUACAACCGGUGAUGCUAUAGUUGGCUACAAUGUUACCAUUGUUCACUAUGUUUAACAUACAUAGAUACCUUAUUCGCAUUUCUUUUGUUUCAUUGUAGAGUUACAGUGUUUUGCUCUUGCUUGUUGUACUAAGUAAAAUAUUACAGUUUAUAAUUUAUGGUAA